GGGAAAACCAGCUGUGCGAUAUGUCAGCCAAGCUGGUCAUCGGCCGCGGACCCAGGGCCCGCACGAUCGUGUUUGAUAGGGAGCAGGCGGAGCUGGGCAGCGGCGGGACGGCACUCGUCCUCAAGGGCGUUUUGCCGCGCGAGGACGGCAGCGGUGGGGACGAAGUAGCCUUCAAGAUAGCCCGGCUACAGCCCGACGCCGACGACGACGAGUUCGGCGAGGACAGCGAGUCGGACGACAGCAGCGAGGAGGACCCCGAGGAGGAUGAUAGAAGGAAGGAGGAGAGCAGAGAGGAGGAUCUGAGUCGGAGGAGACCAGGAAUGCGGCAGGAGCUCAAGCGGCAGCAGCAUCUGAGAGCGUUCCAGGGGAGGGAGGUGCCGGCCAGGGUGGUGACGGAGAGGGAAGGGCCGAGGAGGUCAUCGACGCAGCCAUGGUGGCGAAGGUGCUGGGCGUGGAGGCUGAUCGCAUGCGCCAAUUCGGCGGCCAGCCUCCGUUCGUCAACCUCUACGCCGCUGAGGUGGACCCGCAGUCGCCCGCCACCUACACCAACACGAGAGGGGAUGCCAUCCCGGCCCUGUGCAUAGCCAUGCCGGUAGUGUCUGGUGAGCUUGCUUCCACACCCCACACAGAUGCGCACAUGCCCGAGGUCCUCAUUUCUCCUUGUGUUUCUGAUUGAUAUGUAGGUGGUGCUGGUGAAGAGCACCGGUUUGUCGAGUUGGGCGAUAUGUCGGGCUGGCUGAACAACACGGUGAUGCAUUCCGACAAGGCGAGGAGGGACAAGGGCAGCAUCGACCCGCAGGAGAGAAAGGUGCUGAGGCGCGUCAGCAUGCUGACCAAGGCCCUCCUGUGCACCGCCAAAACCCACAAACUCGCCAUGCGCCGCGCUCUCUGCAUCGACCACUUUCACAACAACGUCAUGCUACCCAAGGCUGCCCUUGAGAGCCCCAGCAGUGCCCUGCAGCAGUCCGACACGGCCGCCGGCACAGUGCUGUUGGACCUGGCCAAUACCCUCACCCCCACCCCUACCCCCUCCCUCCCCUCACCACCACCUGCCUACUUGGGCCCCCACGUCGUCGUGCUGCCCCUGGACAAGGCCGCCCAAGCCGCCCAAGGGCAGUAUCCCGAGGGCUGCACGCCCUGGCACGUGUCGCCGGAGCUCUGGGUGGCCAUGAAGGGGCCGCCGGUCGACGACGAGGCGGACGAGGAGGCCGCGGGAGCCACCGGCCGCAUCAAUGCCGGCUUCAACAGAACGCGGCGGCAGCUGAGGGCGGAGGGGCUGCUGGUGGGGGAGCGCAAGUCAGAAGCUCUCAUGCUCGGGGAGCCGACCAUCGUCGCCGGCAUCGCCAAGGCCAUGAGCGUCGUCAUGAGGGCGGACUUGAAGGUGAGGACCGCCAUCAGGGACGCCAAGGCGCUGGGGGCAGCUGAGGAGCCUCGUGCGGCCGAGGAGCUGCUGCUGGCCGACUGGGACCACUACACGGCCACCAUCAUCACCCAAGACGGCCGACCACUCGAGUGCCGCAAAAACAAGCCCGUGCGCCCCGUGCCCUACGAGGAAGUCCUCACAGCGUGCCCGGGGCUCGAGUGGUUCAGCCAGUGGCAGCAGAUCGUGGGACGCGCCGUGGCCAAGGGGUUGAGAGGCAGACAGAGCGAGCGGGGGACCAUCGCAGACUUAGAAGAGCAGCUGGUCCGCGCCCUGCAGCUGCUGGAGCUGGAGCAGGUCAAGCAGGCCACGGAGAAGGGCACCAGCCUGCAGGUGCCCGUCGCCCUGCCGGCCAGCACAGGCCCUCCCGCCGUCGCCAAGCCCCGCUACUGCUGCUGCGGGUGAGUCACGUGUGUUGUAUGUGUUGUGUAUGUAUGGCAUCCAUCCGUCCAUCUCACUUCCCUCCAUCUGUCUGUCUGUCUGUCUAAUCUAUGUCAGUUGCUGCUGAAGAUUCAGGCAGUGACACGGCGUCAGGGGAGAUUAGCGCCUCCCCGACUCACUUCAAGGAUGGGAGAGGGUUCGGUUCUCUUGCAGGGAGGGACCCGUUCAUGUCAUGUCGUAUGUGUGUGAGUAGCCAGCUGUACAGAGAGACACAGACCACCAGCACAUAAAUCUUACGUCAUUCAUGCAAUGGUCAUG